UGGGAGACAGAGCAGAGCCGCAUUGUAGCUGCCUCCUCUCACUGUCCCUACAAACACGCCCAGAGACUGCGACUGACGAGUUACAGCAGUUCUUGGGCACAGAACGGCCAAGCCCUGAGCAGCUGCUCCACUGGCCGAGAAGGGGGGCCGAUAAUCUUAACCCAAAGGAGUUUUUGUACGCAGGCUGCUCGCGUACACUCAACACAGCCAGAGGGAAUCCAGGUGAGCUGUAAUCCAUUGGAAUGAAAUGUACAGGAGUAUGUUUCCCACAGAAUACUCCCCUCGUUAUCUGAAGUUGAGAAUAUUGAGGACAGUCAGACAUUGGCCAUUGGUCAGUUAAAGUCAACUCACAGGUUUUGAAACUUCAGGGUUCUACAGUUUAUCUGGAACGAUGCUGAAAUUCACUGUCAGCCUCUUGUUACUGGCUGGCUUCGCAGGAUCUGAAGAGACCUCCAGAAAACCAGAUUCCAGAAAACAUGCACAGACAGGGGAGCCCAACGAUCGGUUUGCGCAAUCCUCAGAGAGCCCAGCACCCAGCAAGUGCACCUACACCUUCAUUGUCCCACAGCAACGACUCACAGGGCCCAUCUGCCUGAACACCAAGAGCCUAGUGGCUGGAAACAACAACGUGAACAAGAGCGAGCUACAGGCUAUACAACAGGAGAUGAGAGAACAGCAGCAGCAAAUCAGGGACCUGAGGCAGAUGGUGGAGGUGGAUGGAGGCGUGGUCAAUGAGGUGAAGUUUCUGCGUAAAGAAAACCACAACAUGAACUCCAGAGUGUCCCAACUUUACACCCAGUUGCUGCAUGAGAUUAUCCGCAAGAAGGAUGACUCGCUGGAGAUCUCCCAGCUGGAGAACAAGGUGCUCAAUGUCACGGCCCAGGUGCUAAGGCUGUCGACAAGGUACAGGGAGCUGGAACGCAAGUACUCAGCCCUGACCGCCCUCAUGAACAACCAGAGCCACACCAUUGCUCAGCUGGAGCACCAGUGCAGACAAAUGUCACCAUCGCACCAUCAGCAAUUGAAACAACAGGGUCCAGGACAGCCACCGCUUGUUGCUGUUAUACCCAACAGUCUGAAUGGCAGCAGCAACAGGACCAAGAACCUGGUCUCUGGCAAUGAAAUACUGAGGGAUCAGGUAUACAGCAUGGCACAGGACAGACUGAAGAGAACAGAACAACCUCUUCCCACUACAAUCCCAACGGUGACAACAACCAAGACGGCUGGUCCCUGGAAAGACUGUCUCCAAGUUUUCGAAGAAGGUCAUGGAUCCGAUGGAAUCUACCUGAUCAAACCAAGAACCACCAACCGACUGAUGCAGGUGUGGUGUGAAAAUCAGCAAGGCCCUGGUGGCUGGACGGUCAUUCAGAGACGGCAAGAUGGAUCGGUCAAUUUUUUUAGGACUUGGGAGAAUUAUAAGCAAGGUUUUGGGAACAUAGAUGGUGAAUACUGGCUGGGUUUGGAGAACAUCUACUGGCUGACCAAUCAGGAUGACUACAUGUUGCUUGUCCUGAUGGAUGAUUGGCAGGGGAGGAGAGUGUUCGCAGAGUAUGACAACUUCCAUGUGGAAGCAGAGAGAGACUUCUACAGGCUCAGAUUAGGCCACUACCACGGGAAUGCCGGAGACUCCCUAUCCUGGCACAAUGGCAAACAAUUCACGACACUGGACAGAGAUCGGGAUCUGUACUCGGGUAACUGCGCCCACUACCAGAAAGGAGGCUGGUGGUACUACACCUGUGCCCACUCAAACCUGAAUGGAGUGUGGUAUAAAGGAGGGCACUAUCGCAGCAAGUACCAAGACGGCGUUUACUGGGCUGAAUUCCGUGGUGGUGCCUACUCUUUAAAGAGAGUAGUGAUGAUGAUACGUCCAAUCUAGACAUUGCUGUAAUAUAGUCACUCUGCUUUACAAACAGGAUUUCCGUCACAUUCUCCCACAUGUUAUUGUCAGACACCUCUCUAUACGUUUUAAAAUAUUGUGUUGCACAAUGACAGUUUUAUAAGCAAAGUUACAGACAACAGAACUACCUACUUAGAAUAUAAUAUGUCUUGAUGAGACUAGAGCAACCUGGGAAUAUGCCUCCUGCCCUGUGACACAAACUGAAUAUUCCAGAGGGCAGGAAUGUUGUGGUGAAGGAUCACGAGUUUACAGAAUUCCCCAAAUCACAUUCUGGCCUCUCUCCUACUCUGCAGCUUUCCCUCCACCAUAUGAAUAUCCUCAGAAUAUACCAGCAAACAAAAAAAAACCCACUAGAUCUGCUCAUUAAUUAUUAAAAUAAUUCAGUAUGUCCCAAACACUUUAAAAUUAGCUGUAGUGUAUUUUUAGUGAAAUAUAAAAAUUCAGAUUUUAGGAGCAGAGAAGGCCCAGCUGGUUAAGAAAUGUCAGGAAACUAGAACCCAAAAAUCAGGUUGAUUUCCUGGUUAAUAGAUACUGGCUUGGCUCUCUUUACACUAACUGUAAGGCAAAUGCAGGAAGAGAAUUUGACAGUCUUAAUGCAGGCGUACACACACAAAAACAUUUAUGGACUUCAAACUCAUUUUGGGAACAGGAAGAAACCACUCAGCUCUUCAAGACUGUUCUGGCAUUCAAUGGGAGAUUGAUAUCUCAACUCCAUUUACCCACCUUUGAUUUCAUUGCCUUUUAAUACCCUUGCCUAAUAUCAAUCUUAGUUUUGACCCCUGUCUCAACAGCUUUUGGUGAGGGGUGGCAGUGAGUGGGUGGGGUUGGGGGAGCGAGAGUUCCAGAUUUCCACUCCCCUUUGUGUCAGGAAACACUUGUUCACAUUUUCCCUGUACAACCUCACUCAAAUUUUAUUAUGUCUCCUUUUUCUGGACUCCACCACCCCCCACAUGAGGAGAUACUUUAUCUACCCUAUGAAACACUUCAAAUACAAUGACAUCACCUCUUAAUCUUCUAUAUUUGGAGAUACAAGCCCAGACUACACAACCUGCCUUCAAUUUAACUCUUUCAGCCCUGGUACUGUUCUAGUCAAUCAUUAAUCCCAGAAUCCUGGUAUCCACAAUCUGCAGCUUUACUCUCCAGCACUUCACUCCUGUAAUUUACAUGGGUAAGGUUACAUAGUAUAUAGAGUAUAAGCAGGCCAUUCAGCACAACCAGUCCAUGCUGGUGUUUAAGCUCCAGUUGAGCCUUCUCCCAUCUUUUCUCAUUUAAAUCCAUCAUCCUAACCCUCUAUUCCCUUCUCUCUCAUAUGCUUGUCUAGCUUCCCCUUACAAUGUAUCUAUACUAUUCCCUUCAACCACUCUGUGGUAGUGAGUUCCACAUUCUCACCACUCUCUGUAGUAAGUUUCUCCUGGAUGCCUGAUUGGAUUUCUUGGGGACUAUCUUAUUUUGAUGGCCUCUAGUUCUGCUCUUCCGCACAGGAUAGAAUAUUUUCGCUGUAUCCACUUGAUCAAAACCUUUCAUUGUUAUAUAAUCUCUAUUAGAUUACCCCCUCAGCCUUCAUUUCCCAAGAGAAAAAGAGAAAAAGAGACCCAGCCUGUCAAUCCUUUCCUGAUAUGUAAGCCCACACAUUUCUGGCAUCAUCCUUGUAGAUCUUCUCUGCACCCUCUCCUCAAUAUCCUAUUUUUAUAAUAUGAUGACUGCACACAGUACUCUAUGUGUGGUCAAAUCAAGGUUCAAUACAGGUUCAGCAAAACUUUUCAGUUCUAUCUCUCUAGAAAUAAAUCUUGACCACGACCAGAUGAUCAUGAGCAGCCACCUCCUGUCGACUUAUCUCCAAUCUUUAUCGGUCCCUGUCAGAAGUGAAAUAGUUUCCACUCCAUGCUGAACAUACCACAGGUCAUGAGUACACACUGAUUAAUUAUACAUCAAUAUUCUGUAUGGUAGCUUCUCUUUAGGAUACAGUCAAAUUGUCUUCUUUAUAUAACCUGCUAAAUCUUUCACAGGAGAUGUCUCCCAGCUAUUUACUAGAAAACUGACACAUUAAACUAGAUAAAUUCUCAUCUUCAACAUUAAUCUGUUGUUUAUGCAAGUUUACACUGCGGAGUGAUAUAAAACACUGUAAAUAUUUGAAUGUAAUGUACUGUAGAAUUUUGGUGUAGAUCAGUGAGUUAAACCAAUUAAUAUUG